UAACAAAACUAGAUACAGAAAACAUUAUUACACAGAACAUGGAACAUCCCAAAAAGCUACUUAGGAAAAAAGAACAGUGGACAGAAAAUUGAGAAAGUUAGGUUCUUAUCCCAGUUCCUACUGUUGUGUGAAAAGUGACAUGAAUCUCCUCCUCUCUUGACCCUUGGAUAAAUAAUUUGCUACUUACACUAAAAGCAAUUCUAAUGCAGACUGGGGAGUGACUCUAUGCUUUAAAGAAAAUGGUAUCUUUUUAAUGUACCUUAAAUUAUGAUGCUACUAGAUAAUGAUAAUCUCAACUACACAAAGAAUACUGACUAUGUAAAUGAUCACUUACUGUGAUUUUAGGCAUGUUAAAUCCUAUUACCUAAAGUGUAUGGGCAACUGUAAAAUUACCAGCAUUUUUGAAGAAAGUAUUAACUGAAGGCUCCACUGCCAUAAUAUAUCCAAAAUCCCGUCCCUUCUCACUUUGUCCCCUACUACCCACCUGUUGUGAAUCACCACCAGCUCUCUAACAGGCCCCCUGCUUUCUGUUCUUGCCUUCUUCCAGGCUCUUCUCAAUACGGCAACCAGAGUGAACCUAGUAAAAUAAGUAAGAUAUCAUCUCUGCUCAGACCAUUGUAGCAUGGUUUCUGGGAGUAAAAGUAAAAUCCAUAUAACAUCCUGUCUGAUAGGCACAUGAUUCAUUUUCUGACCUCUCCACUGUGCUGUUUCUCCUUCUACUCAUUCAUUCCGUCUUUGCUGUUCCUUGAACAUGUCAGACACACUCCUGCCUUGGGAUGCAGGUCACAAAUGUCCAGUUGACAAUGAAAUACUGCUGGAAAAUCAACUAUUUCCAGACAAUUUUGCAAAACGUGAGAUUCUUUCUCUGAUGGUGAGGUGUCCAAAUGAAGGUUGUUUGCACAAGAUGGAACUGAGGCAUCUUGAGGAUCAUCAAGUACAUUGUGAGUUUGCUCUUAUGGAUUGUCCCCAAUGCCAGCAUCCUUUCCAAAAAUGCCAAAUUAAUAUUCACAUUCUGAAGGAUUGUCCAAGGAGACAGGUUUCUUGUGUAAACUGUGCUGCAUCAAUGGCAUUUGAAGAUAAAGAGAUCCAUGACCAGAACUGUCCUUUGGCAAAUGUCGUCUGUGAAUACUGCAAUACCGUACUCAUCAGAGAACAGAUGCCUAAUCAUUAUGAUCUAGACUGCCCUACAGCCCCAAUUCCAUGCACGUUCAGUACUUUCGGUUGCCAUGAAAAGAUGCAGAGGAAUCACUUGGCACGCCACCUACAGGAGAACACCCAGUCACACAUGAGAAUGUUGGCCCAGGCUGUUCAUAGUUUGAGCCUUACUUUAACUCCCGCUCCUCCCACCCCUGAGGUCUGGAAUUUCCAGGAAACUAUUCACCAGUUAGAGGGUCGCCUUGUAAGACAAGACCAUCAAAUCCGGGAGCUGACUGCUAAAAUGGAAACUCAGGGUAUGUAUGUAAAUGAGCUCAGGCGAACCAUUCGAACCCUUGAGGACAAAGUUGCUGAAAUUGAAGCACAGCAGUGCAAUGGAAUUUACAUUUGGAAGAUUGGCAACUUUGGAAUGCAUCUGAAAUGUCAAGAAGAGGAGAAACCUGUUGUGAUUCACAGCCCUGGAUUCUACACAGGCAAACCCGGGUAUAAACUGUGCAUGCGCUUGCACCUUCAGUUACCGACUGCUCAGCGCUGUGCGAACUAUAUAUCCCUUUUUGUCCACACAAUGCAAGGAGAGUAUGACAGCCACCUCCCUUGGCCCUUCCAGGGUACAAUACGCCUUACAAUUCUUGAUCAGUCUGAAGCACCUGUAAGACAAAACCACGAAGAGAUAAUGGAUGCCAAACCAGAGCUGCUUGCUUUCCAACGACCCACAAUCCCACGGAACCCAAAAGGUUUUGGCUAUGUAACUUUUAUGCAUUUGGAAGCCCUAAGACAAAGAACUUUCAUUAAGGAUGACACAUUAUUAGUGCGCUGUGAGGUCUCCACCCGCUUUGACAUGGGUAGCCUUCGGAGGGAGGGUUUUCAGCCACGAAGUACUGAUACAGGAGCAUAGCAUGCCCUCACUUGUUCAAAAACAACUACCUGGAGAAAACAGUGCCUUUCCUUGCCCUGUUCUCAAUAACAUGCAAACAAAAACGCGGCGGGAAAGAUGUAGUAUCUGCUAGUGAGCGUUAGAGAUGUCACUUACUAGUUCUUUCUGUUACAAAUGAUCUGAGACAGUUUUUUCCUGGGAGUCCACACGUUCCAUGCUUUUUCAGAAAUGUUAGGCCUGAAGUGCCUGUGGCAUGUUGCAGCAGCUAUUUUGUCAAUUAGUAUACCUCUUUGUUGUACUUUCUUGGGUUUUUAUUCUGGUAUGUUUUAUUGUCAGAAAGCCCAGACUCAGAGUACUAAACCUUUAAUAAUAAUGGACUUUCCUUAAAACUUCAAUCUAUUUUUAUAGUAUUAUAUGUAAUAUAUUAAAUGUGAGAAUCACUACCGCCUUGUGCUGGUGCCCUCAAGAAGAGUUAUUGCUCUAGAAAGUUGAGUUCUCAUUUUUUUAACCUGUUACAGAUUUCAGAGGAUUUGAACCAUAAUCCUUGGAAAACUUAAGUUCUCAUUCACUCCAGUUUUUCCUCCAUGUUGUUACUAAGGAUAUUCAGGGAUGAGUUUAAACCCUAAAUAUAACCUUACUUAUUUAGUAUAAACAUGUCUGUUGAAUAAUACUUGUUUGAGUAUUCGUUCUGCCUUGCUUACAUAUUUUCUUGAGGCUGUGAAGUAGUGUCUUCCCAGAGUUUAUAAUACUGAGAACCAUGUGGAUACCAACCGCUCAGUGUUAUGCUAGGGAACCUUUUUGUCUAUUCAGUGCAGAGUGAAUUUCACAGCUCUGCAUAUGUCUUCAGCUGUCUGAGGCUUACAAGACAAGGAGAUGGACACAUAGAAUCACCAACAUAAAAAUUAAAAGUGACUCAAGUAGUCAGGCCAUGUGGCAUCUCAUUGGUGGUGACAAACUAUUUGAGCCAGAAGUCUUCAGCUCUUUUGAAUACCCUCUUGUUUAGUUCAGUUAAAUGGAACAAAAUUAAUUUCCUAAAUUCAGAAUUUUUUAAAACUUGGGAGAUGAUUGGCGAUAUCAAAGAGGUCACUAAACUAAGAAGUCACAGUGGUUAUAUCACAACUUAGCUUGAGUAAUUUGCUUUAGCCUAGCAACCGCAGGUUCUGAGAAGGAUCUUGUGGAAUGUUUUCAAAGUAGCCAAAUGUUCCUAAUAGGGAAAGAUGAUUUUUUGGUGUGCCAUCAUGUAUUUGUUAAAGGUCUAUAUACAGAUACAAAAAAUCAUGGAAUCUAGUUCUUAGGGAGACCCACAAUUAGUAUAGGCUUAUAAAGGAUCUAAAGAUAGAUCCUGUAUUUAAAGUCGUCUGGUACUGAGAGAUGACAUUGUAUUCCUAGAGAGCCCAAAUCGGCAUCCCCAACCAGAGUUCAAGAUCAGCCUUAAUUUCAAGAGACAGCCAAGGACCUCGUCUGCAGAUGAGUGUGGUUUUCAGCCCCAGCCAGUGGUCACUUUGAACUUUCCCUUUGCUUUUUUCUCUACUCUCCCUCCCCACCCACCUUUAGGCACCUGAUCUGGUGUGUUUGUUAUGGAGUGAAAAUAAAAGUCAAGCAGAGACCUUGUUCCCGGUGCCACCAUUAGUACCACAAGCUCAUGGCUAGUUAACCACAUUAUUUCCUGGCAGUUUGUGUCCUUCAGCCUUGCCUUCCAACCAGCUCCUCAGAAUCACUGCAUACCACCCUUUAGGUAGGGAAACCUGUGCUGCUGCUGUUCCUGUGAUUGUUUUACAAUGAAUAAAUAAUUGUUAAGUUCCAUUUAAAAAGUAAUCAGUUGUUAUUUUUGUAUUUGCUUAGAAAAAGCCUGAAGGAAAUAUACUAAACUUUUUGAUGGCUUAUUUUCCUCUUUGUGCUUGCUUAUAUUUUUUACAUUUUCUGCAAUAAAUGUGUACUUUUAUCAGAGAAAAAAAAAUUAAAUGUCGCCACAAAACAUUCAACCUCCACAUCCCCACCUCAAAAAAGGAAAUGAUAUUUAAAAGCUUCCUGGUCAGAUUUCUAUUAAAAGCAUUGGCUGUGCCUUAGGUACAAAGAGGAGUUAUUUCCUGCCUUGCUGAUAAAAUUUUUUCUACUAUCUCAAGAGUCUUAAAAAAAAAAAAAUUGUUUUGCCUAAUUUAGCUUCAAGCUUCCCAUGUGUAAAAUUAGUUGGAUUAGAUGUUUCUACAGCCCCUUCCAGCCAUAACAUUCUGUCUCAAAUUAAGUUCCAACCAGCAGAA